UGCGUCAGCCGGGCCGCCGCAUCUUGCCAGGAGGUGAGGCGGGGCGCGACAGCCCUUAUCAGUGCCUCACCCGACCACCCUACCUCUCGGUCAGCGGGGCACCUCCUUGGCAGACUGGUUCAAGAGCCCAUCCAGCUGGUCGCGGGUUCGGUCCCUGUUGCCGGUAUAACACUUUCCGGUUUGUGAGUGAGAGCGGAGAAUCAGCACAGUACCCAGGGCAGGAUGGAGGAGCAGCUGCAGCCUGUGCCCGAGGUGGAUCAGAAGUCCUUCAACACCGAGGAGCACAAGAUCCUCGAGCUGUGGAAGAAGCUUGACGUCUUUCACACUUGUCUCAAGCAGAGCAAGGAUCGACCAAGGUUCACCUUCUACGAUGGUCCGCCCUUCGCCACGGGGCUGCCCCACUAUGGACACAUUCUGGCGGGCACCAUCAAGGACGUGGUGACUCGCUGGGCACACCAAAACGGCUACCACGUGGAGAGGCGGUUCGGAUGGGACACUCAUGGCCUGCCUGUGGAGUACGAGAUCGACAAGACCCACGGCAUCACUGGCCCGGAGGACGUGGCGGCGAUGGGCAUCAAGAAGUAUAAUGAGCUGUGUCGAGGCAUCGUCAGCCGCUAUGCCGACGAGUGGGAGCAGAUUGUCAACAGGCUCGGCCGCUGGAUUGACUUCCGCAACGACUACAAGACUCUCUAUCCUUGGUUCAUGGAGAGUGUGUGGUGGGUGUUCGCGCAGCUGUUCCAGAAGGGCCUAGUGUACCGUGGCUUCAAGGUCAUGCCGUUCUCGACUGCCUGUUCUACGCCGCUGUCCAACUUUGAGGCCGGGCAGAAUUAUAAGGAUACUCAGGACCCCUCUGUGGUUGUGAGCUUCCCGGUGGUGGGGCAAGAGGGUGUGGUGCUAGUGGCCUGGACAACCACCCCCUGGACUCUGCCUUCCAACAUGGCACUGUGCGUCAACCCCGAGCUGGACUAUGUGAAGAUACAGGGAAAGAUUGAGAGCCGUUCAGGGACGUACAUCCUGAUGGAGGCGCGGAUCAAGCAGCUGUUCAAGGAGGAGGACGACUAUGAGGUGCUGGCCAAGUUCAAGGGGCGGGAGCUGGAGGGGACGCAGUACACACCUCUAUUUGACUACUUCAAGCAUAGAGCUUCACGCGGCGCCUUCAAGGUUCUCUGCGAUGGUUACGUCAGCGCUGAGUCCGGUACCGGCGUGGUCCACCAGGCACCUUACUUUGGAGAGGACGAUUUCCGAGUCUGCCUUUCCUACGGCCUCAUAGAUAGGGACGACGAGGACCCCAUCUGCCCCGUGGACGACGCAGGGCGCUUCAUGCCAGCAGUUCGGGACUUCCAGGGACGGCAUGUCAAAGAAGCGGACCCGGCGAUCAUCAAGGAGCUGCAGUCUCGGGGUCGGUUGGUCGUGGCGGAAACAGUCAACCACAGCUACCCGUUCUGCUGGAGGUCUGACACGCCGCUCAUCUACCGUGCCGUUCCGUCCUGGUUCAUCCGGGUGGAGCAGAUGCAGGACCGGCUGCUGGAGGCUAAUGAGAAGACCUACUGGGUGCCCGGAUUUGUUAAGGAUAAGAGGUUUGCCAACUGGCUGAGGGACGCGCGGGACUGGGCCGUGAGUCGCAAGAGGUACUGGGGCACCCCGAUACCCCUGUGGACUUCUGAGGACUUCUCGGAGGUGGUGUGUAUCAGCAGUAUCGAGGAGCUGGAAAGACUUACAGGGGAGAAGGUGACGGAUCUCCACCGUGACAGCAUUGACCACCUCACCAUCCCCUCUGCUCGUCCUGGCCAGCCCCCUCUCAAGCGCGUCAUGGAGGUGUUCGACUGCUGGUUUGAGUCUGGCUCCAUGCCCUACGCCCAGGUUCACUACCCAUUCGAGCGACGUCGCGAGUUCGAGGACUGCUUCCCAGCGGACUUCAUCGCGGAGGGCAUCGACCAGACUCGCGGAUGGUUCUACACCCUCCUGGUCCUCUCCACGGCCCUCUUCGGCAAGCCCCCUUUCAAGAACCUCAUCGUGAACGGGCUGGUGCUGGCCGAGGAUGGGCAGAAGAUGAGCAAGCGGAAGAAGAACUACCCUGACCCAAUGGAGGUGGUCGACGAGUAUGGGGCUGAUGCACUGAGGCUGUAUCUUACUAAUAGCCCAGCCGUACGUGGCGAGAACCUGCGCUUCAAGAAGAGUGAGGUGCUGGCGCUCAUGAAGGAGGUCUUUGUGCCUUGGCUCAACGCAUAUCGGUUCUUUGUACAGCAGGUCCAUAGGUACGAGAAGGAGGAGGGUGAGCGCUUCCUCUUCAAGGGCGACGCUUCCAUGGGGCUCUCGGCCAACGUGAUGGACCGGUGGAUCCUCUCCUUCACCCAGUCCUUGCUUGGGGCUGUCCACAAGGAGAUGGCCGCGUACCGCCUCUACAACGUGACUCCUCGGCUCGUCAAGUUCGUGGACAACCUCACCAACUGGUACGUGAGGUUCAACAGGAGGCGACUGAAGGGUGACGGAGGGAAGGAAGACUGUCUUCGUGCCCUGGAUACCCUCUGUGCCGUGCUCCUGUGCAUGGUGCGGGUGAUGGCGCCCUUCACGCCCUUCAUCACGGAGACCAUGUACCAGAACCUGAGGAGGGUGGUGCAGCCGGGAGCCCUGGGGGAGGGCGACACAGCUUCAGUCCACUACCUCAGUGUGCCACAGCCAAUCGCAUCACUGGUUAGCCCUGAAGUGGAGGCCAGCGUGACCUUGCUACAGAGUGUGGUUGAGCUCGGGCGUUACCUCCGAGACCGCCACAACCUGCCGCUGAAGUACCCACUGCGGGAGGUGGUGGUGGUGGUACAGGGUGGGGAGGGGGCGCUGCACUCCCUCCGCACCCUAGAGGACUACAUCAAGGAGGAGCUCAAUGUGCGGACCCUCACGACGUCGACCGAUCGUUCCCGCUACGGCGUUACGCUCACUGCCGAUGUUAACUUCCGUAAUCUCGGCGCGAGGCUCAAGGGUGAUGUGAAGGCUGUCCAGCGUGUCGUGUGUGGGAUGUCCGAUAUCGAGGUGCAGGGUAUGCUCGAACGUGGCACCCUAGACAUCCUUGGCCACACGCUACUGCCCGAGGAUGUGGUUGUCAAGUACGGGUUUGGUGGUACUGGCGGGUGCUACGAGGCCCAUGCAGAUUCCAGCGCCUUAGUCCUCCUCGAUACAACCCCCUCGGAGGAGCUUCAAGCGGAGGGUCUCGCCAGGGAGGUCGUGAACCGCAUUCAGCGACUACGGAAGAAGGCCAGACUGGUGCCCACGGAUGAGGUCACAGUGUGGCUGGCGGUUAGUGACACGACCUCACAGCUGGCACAGAUCGUGACCUCACACACGCAGUUCAUCGAGGCCACGUCCCGCACCCCAUGCAAGGUCGCUGGCGUGGGGGCUGUCAAAGGGGAGGUCGUCAUCCAGGAAAAGUGCCCCGUUAAGGAUUGUGACCUCGUUCUGACCUUAACUCGUGGUAUUCCGGGCAGCACCACAGCGACCGCACCUUCUAAACCCACCACACCUGCGUCUACGAGUGCCACAGCUGCGGGGGGUGCCAAGAGCGGACCGGCAUGCCCCUGGGUCAACGUGGUCUUGGAUGGCACUCCACGUCGAGGUGCUGGAAGCUGCAGUGCCACGUUGCUACUUGAGAACCCAGUCGGGCGCCCUGUGGUAGCCUCCGUCGCCGAGCUGCUGGAGGAGGCAAGGGCUCUGUUUGGGUUCCCCGCUGGCCAGGCUCGGCUACAUGUUGAACGCCAGCCACUCCGCCCUGAUGCCCCGGCUGCCCCGCUGUCCGGCAAGACCUUAGUUAUCACAUAUGGGAAGGAAAAAGUGCCAGCUGCAACCUCUGCCCUCAGGCCCUAUAGCAGGUACAUCAACGUGGAGCACGGGGGCAGCACCAACGGCCUAAGGGGCUGCGUGGUGCUGGAAAAUCCUUGUGGGGGCGGCGUACUACCACAGCACACCCUCGCUGCCGUCCUGCAGAAGAUCUUUGGCCUCCCACCCAGCACCAGCCCGCCCAAACUCUUUUCUGACCAAGCCAAGACUUCCCCUAUCAAAUUUGAGGCUCUGGUCGGGCUGAGUGGAAAGACCGUAUAUGUUUGAUCAAGUUUAGGGCUGUUAGGCUUUAGGGCUUAAAAUUUGAGGGUCUAAGUAGAAUUGGGGGACUUACCGAGACUUUCCCUGUCAGUUUUAAGGCUUUGACAGGGCUGAGAGGAAAGACCAUCUUUGUUUGAUCACAUUAUGGACUGAUAAGUGAUCAGGGUCAGGCUUUAGAA